AUGCCCAAAGAAGCCAUAGUUCAACCGUCCAUCGAGGCGGUCGAGAUCAUCGACAGUCCCAUCCCUGUGCCAACAGACAAGCAGGUGGUCAUCAAAGUCGUGGUUUCGGGCUCCAAUCCAAAAGACUGGAAGAUCCCGCUAUGGAAGGACUUGCCCCAUAAUCCCGGCGACGACAUUGCCGGCACCGUUUACUCCGUCGGCAAAGGCGUAUACGAAUUCAAGCCUGGCGAUCGCGUCGCAGCGCUCCACGAGACCGGCGCGCCAAACGGCAGCUACGCCGAGUACGCCGUUGCGCCGGACUGGACCACGUUCCGCCUGCCCGAGCACGUAUCCUUCGAAGAAGCGGCCACCGUGCCCGUGGCAGCGCUCACCUCUGCUCUGGCCCUCUUUGGCGACAUGAAGCUCCCCGCACAGUGGGACCAGAGAGCGCCCAUCGCGAGCGCCGCCGGCGAUCCCGACAUGCCGAAGCAGCCUCUUCUAAUCUACGGCGCCACAUCGGCCGUCGGCGCUUUUGCCGCUAAGCUUGCACGGCUGUCUGGGCUCAGCCCCAUCAUCGGUGUUGCCGGGCGAGGCGCAGUCCAGCAGGUGCUUGGGCAGGAGGGGCUCGGCACCCACCUCAGCCAUAUAUUUGACGCCAUCAGUUCCGAUGGGUCGUUCGAGGUGGUUGCUCGUUUGGUCGAUCCCAACGGAGGCAUCGUCAACGGAGUGCUCCCUCCACUUUUGUUUGCCAGGGAUGGCAAGAACUUCAAGUUCCCCGAGGGCGUUACAUUCAUCAACACCGCGGUACCAUUCGUCCACUGGCACCACCAGGACUUUGGGUAUGUGUGGUCGCGUUUCCUGGGGAGGCUGCUGGCGGAAGGCCGACUGAAAGGGCACCCUUACGAGGUCAUCCCCGGAGGUCUCCAUGGUGUCGUUGCUGGACUUCAGAACCUCAAGAAUGGGAAGAACAGCGCAUGCAAGUAUAUAUUCAGGAUGGAGGAGACCAAGAACUUCCUUGGUAUGGUGGGGAUCGACGGGCAGCCUUCAGGUGUUGGUGCUGAUCUGGCAGAUCGCAAGAACACACAUCCAUUGAGGAACUUUCCAUUCCUUCCGGAGGACUAA